AUUUCUGUGUUAAUACUUUAAAAUUAAUACUACAUAAUUUAAAUAAACGAAAGGCCGAAAAAUGUUGCAACGUAAUUCACCACGCAAAGUGACAUCACGGCGUCAGAUUUCGUACAGGCCUACGUCUUGGAAGGUGCAUCAGUUCGAGGUUUGGAGUGGAGAGUUGCUAUGUAGAGCAGCCGUCCUCCGCGCCGAUCGCUCGCUGUUCGUGUGGUUGGGCAGCGGGUCCGGUGAGCCGGAGCUGGGCGACAUGUGUAUGGGAGUGCCGGCGCCGGGCUGGCUGCGGGCCGGGGCGGGGCGCGGCGGGCUGGGGACUGCGCUGGUGGGCGCGGAGGGCGCGGAGGGCGCCGCCACCGCGCUGGCUCGCCGGCUGGCGGCCGCGCUGCAGCGACCCGUCUACAUAUGCUCUAGUUGCACGUUCGAUAGGUUUACUAUACCACUGGUCGAACGCGGACUCAUUUUGGAAAUCAAGAGCAGACCUGAGUGCUUUUAAACAGACUAUAUUAUUGUGAAGCGAAAGCGGACUGAGUUAGGAAAAUUAUCUCAUUUUUUUACAAUGUUGCGAAGUUUAUGUCUAAAGUAUU